UUUUUGGUGAUGCAGUCUAAUGUACAUAUGCAGAGUCACUUAAUCUGAACUCGAACUUUUUUUGGGUGCCCGUGUAAUCUCUGCUACAAUUUCCCAGCACAGAACUUUUAGAAUCGCAUCAAUCUCCACAGUCUACAUUUUUCUUAAACUCCUCGGCCUUAAAUUCUUUACCAGCUUAUGUGACUUUGAACUAAGUAAUUAGAUAAACAAAAAUUCAGAUAUGUGAAGUUGCAACUUCCUUCUUGCUUUCAUUUCUUCUUUCAAAAAGCCAAAUUUCAACUAACUACCCCACUAAGUAAAUACCUUAAAACCGCUCCGUGUGAGCUCCAACAGCUGACGUCAAUUCGUCAUAGCAACGCUCCUCCGGCGACCUAAACAAAUCAACAGCGGCGACACUCUUUGCCAUUUAACAAGCAAAUAGUUGAAAUUUUCACUUGAACUACAUACUUCCUCGUUCGAGCGGCUGUGUCAGUUCACAGAGUUAGUGCAUUAUGCAUUAAGCGUUCGCGCGUCAUGUCGCUCUUCAACGUUUGCAACUGGUGGCACACACAGUGCUCCGAUCUGGAGGAGAACUAUGAUGUAGCCAGUUUACUGUGCGCUCGCUUCGGACUUGACGAUAAUGAAAAGGACUAUGUGGUUGUGGGUUCGCAUAGCGGUAACUUGAGCAUUUUCUAUCCACGCUUGGAUCAAAAUCGACGCCAUGAAGAUGGUGAGGCUUUUAGACCGACCGACUUGCUGUUGGAGGUGAAUCUUAAAGCGCCGAUACUGGGCAUAUAUGCGGGGCGGUUUAGUGGUGGACAAUUGGCUGAUGAAAAGCACAAUCAACUUGCCGUUUUACAUCCGCGUUCGGUGUCCAUUUAUAAGCUCCAGACCAUUGGUGGCGUCGCUGAGCAUGGCGCCCAGCUACGUCUGGUUUGUUUGGCCGAUUAUAAGCUGAAACGUGGUGCGUUGGCGUUGACGAAGGGUGCUUUUGGGCGUGUCAAGGGACGUGAGUUCUUCUGUAUUACGCAUUUGGAUGGCACGCUGACGUUCCAUGAGCAGGAUGGUAUUUUGUACGAAUGUCAAUUGCCGGGUAAUCGUGCAUUACCUGUGCCAGUUGUCUAUUGUGAACGGACGGAUAGCUUUUUUCGCUUUACAGCCGGUUGGAAUUUGGAGUGUUUUACCUAUCAGGACCUUUCGCACUCUUCCUUAAAUCGUUCGGAAUUCCAGCCCUCUUGGUCGAUUUGCAUCGGUGAAGGUAUUGUCGACAUAUGUGUGGUGCAGACGAAGUCAAAUUCAGCCUCAAUUAUGAUACUGGGCGAGCGCAACUUUAUUAGGCUAACCGAUGAUGGAUUGGUAGAUUUCAUUCUGAAAUUGGAUUAUACGCCAAGAUGCUUUCAUUCCUUCGUUAUCGGCUACUAUUGGGAACCGGGCGCACGCUUAAUUACCGCCAUUGCCUCCGAAAGUGGCAAACUCUUCAUUUACGAGGCUGCUAACAUUAUUUGGGCCGCUCAGUAUAAAGACGACGCACCGGUAGCGAUUCAGCGCUCCAACUUGCAUGGCUUAGCCGGCGGUAUUGUUGCACUCGGCAGCACAGGUCAACUACGUAUAGGCUAUCUUGGCU